AUGUUUACUUCUAUCCAUUUGCAGGAUAGCCGCAAUGUUUUCGGAGUAACACCCGGCGAUCGUAUCGGGCUGCUGGUUGAAGUAUCUGAUAGAUUCCUGAAGUCCGGCCGUCAUAGUCACCUGCGUGCCUGCUUACGCGAAUACGUUGAUGACCAAUGGGGCGCGCUGUCGGCCAGGUGGAGCCAUUCUGCACAGGGCGCCAAGGAGGCCAUCUACGUCGCCACCUACGGGACUGAAGUUGUGACUCUAUGGGACGAACCGGUUGCACCCUCCUGGCGAUCACUCACCGAGGCAAAACAGUUUUUCAACUGUCAACUAAAGCCCAGUGGAGGCUCAAAUCUUCUUGCUGGUUUGAAACAUAUGCUCCGGAUCGGCAGAGAGAAACACCUCUCUACCGUAAUGGUUGUGGUGGGCAGUCCACCGGAUCAAGACGCGGACGUUAUCUUUGAAUUCCUCGAACAGUCUCUGGCGGUCACCACCACGGAGGAGGACCUCUGUUUUCACUUUGUCUGCUUUGACUGCAACAGUUCCGGCAUGCAACAACUCCUGGCUCGACUGGCGGCUGUCAAUCAACAUUCCAGUCUUCACUGCUACUCCCCCGUCAAGGAUGGAACUGCUUUUAUCAGCGAUGACAUCGCUCUUCUCAUAAAGGAGCUGGAGGCGGCAAGAGGCCUGCUGGAACGCGUCAAAACUAAACGCGUGCAGCUGGAAGCAGAAGAAGCCGCGAAGAAAGAGAUAAUAGGGUUGGAUAACGCUGCAAAUGAGUGGGACGAACUGGAGCGUCCCUUAAACCUGUCAGAUGGUGAUUUGAACCCCAAAAGGACCUUCCUACCGGAAACAUCAAAAGCCUGGCUUGGAAGACACGGUCUCAAUGCAAAAAAUCUCGGCCUUUUUCAGGUCAAUUUGUUCUUGGUCACCUCCUCCUUUUUUUUAUGUUUCUCCUUCCUCUUUCCCAUCGUCACAUACUCGUCUGUCUUCUCGUCCUCCUUCUCAUCCUCGGUCUUCUCUUUUUACUCUGUUAUCUUGCUUCUACUUCUCUCCCUCCCACUACUUUGA